AUGGACGAUCUGACGAGGAAAAGACGGGUGAGAGGAGCUCAUCGAGCUUCGGCUAGUAAACUUGUAGCGAAGAUAGUUGAAACGAUUCCGAGAGCGAUUGACGAGAAAGCAGAAAGGGAUUUGACAUGGCUGAGACAAAGCCAGGUCACGUUACGAGAGAAAGUCAAGAGGUUAAAGGAACUCGAUGAACAGAUCAUUGACAUACUAAGCGCCUCGGGAGAUGAAGACGCCGAAGCACAGCUCAAUAAAGAGGUCGAAAGUUCAGACGAAGCGGUCGCAGAAUUUGAAAGGACAUUGAUGAAAAUCGACGACGCGCUGCGGGAAUCCGGUGAACAAAGACUGCCAUUGUUGACGACGCCAGACGAAGGAAACCUAGACCAGAGCCGUAUAUCGACAGCCAGUACGGGAAAGAUCGUCAGAGCAAAGCUUCCGAAACUAAAGCUUAAGAACUUCAACGGUAAAGUAUGUGAGUGGCCCGAGUUUUGGGACGGGUUUUCAAGCUCGAUAGACAACAAUGACGCAUUGUCUGACGUUGACAAGUUUGCAUAUUUGCGCGGAUAUUUGGAAGGACCAGCGAAGUCUACAAUUGCCGGAUUAGCGUUAACAGGGACAAACUACAACUGUGCAGUGGAAUUGCUUAAGAAACGGUUCGAAAAGAAAAGCAUAGUUCAACGAGCACACGUGAAUGAACUCAUACAACUGCCGGCAGUUUACAAAGAAAGGGACACGCAGAGACUACGGAAGUUGUUUGACAGCUGCGAAACGAAUAACCGCGCCUUGAGAGCCCUGGGGGUGAACGAGAACUCGUAUUCCGCUAUUGUUGUUCCGACGAUCAUGGAGAAGCUGCCCGAGCAGUUUCGCUUGACUAUUACGAGAGGGCAGAACUCCUGGAGUGGUCAAUGGAGGAAAUGCUACAAGCCUUUGAGAAAGAGCUCGAACUACGUGAAGCGCACGAUGCGGUGGGAUCGAGGUCGGGUCGAGAGUACGAAAGAAACGAUGGGAGUUCGGCGUCGGGUAGAAAAUAUGGUCAACAACAUGGGAACUGCAUCCACGUUAAUAGCGAGUGAAAGGAAGGGAAACGUGCUUUCUGCCUGA